AUGACCCUUUGUACCUAUCAAACUUAUUUGCAUGUUUAGUCUCGUAGUGCCGUUUGAUGUUAUACUCCUUCAAAACAGAAACAGAUUCGUUGCAUAUCAAGCAUAUGGGCUUUGUUUUAAUUUCCACGAAAAAAUAAUUUAUAGUCCACCGGUCUUGAAAACUUCUUAAUUCUUCUGUGACCCUUCUCUUCUUUGGUCCAACGUCUUUACUAGUUGACGCCAUGGUAGUUUUUAACUGAAAAGAGUGAAGAUCAAUUCACACAUGCGGUACUGUGCGCCGACUGUGUCGUAACCGUGCACCGACUGUGUUGUGCAUAUUCACACCAAUCAUGUUAUUACGUACCACAGUUGGUUAGUUUGUAUCAUGGAUCCAAGAGAGGAGGACGUGGUUAUAGCAUGCGGAGCGUAUCUAGUAUUAACGGAAGAGGUGAAAAAAAGAAAGAGGAAGAUUUGGAUUAACCGUUUAUGGAGAGCUAGGGAGGAAGAAGGAGAAUUUCACACAGCAUUUGCUCGACUCAAAGAUGAUCCAGAACAAUUUGUUCGAUACUUUCGCAUGACUUUCUUGAAAUUUGACAAUCUGCUGAAACUUGUAAAACCAGACAUACAAAAACAGAACACAAAGUGGAGAAGAUCUAUAUCCGCAGAGGAAAGAUUAGCAUUAACUUUGAGUUACUUAGCAUCAGGUACUUCCCAGUACCGUCUAGGAAUGAGCUAUAGAAUUGCCCCUUCAACAGUACAAUCAAUUGUAGUUUCCACUUGUGAUGCAAUAUGGAGAGUUCUGUCAAGAACAGAAAUGCCUGAGCCAACAGAAGAUGGAUGGAAAAAAAUAGCUGAUGAUUUCUGGGCAAUGUGGCAGUUUCCCAACUGCAUUGGUGCAGUUGACGGUAAGCACGUUCAAAUCCAGGCUCCCAAAAAUAGCGGAUCUCUAUUCUACAACUACAAAAAGACAUUAUCUCUCUGUUGUUCUCAUGGCACUUGUAGACGCUAAUUAUAAAUUCAUUGUUGUUGAUGUUGGAGGUUAUGGCAAAUCGAGUGAUGGAGGUAUAUUUUCAAAAUCAAAUCUAGGAAAAGCAGUGGAAAAAAAUAAUCUUCAUGUUCCGGGACCAAGACCAUUACCUAAUUCAGAUGAUAUUGUGCCAUUCGUGAUAUUAGGAGAUGAAGCUUUUCCUUUAAAAGAAAAUCUAUUAAGACCUUAUCCAGGAAGCACAGCACGAGAUAAUGAAAACCAGAAAAUAUUUAACUAUAGACUGUCAAGGGCUCGACGUGUGGUUGAAAAUGCAUUUGGCAUCCUGAUUCAAAAAUUCAGAAUCUUGUAUGGUAGACUUCAAGUGAAUCCUGAAAACGCUGAUAAAAUUAUUUUGGCCGCAUGUGUCUUACAUAAUUCCUUACGAAAUGACAGAUCUGAGAAUACAUCGGUCCUGCCUGUAUAUGAAGAGCAAAGCUCUACUUCACAGCAACUUCCACUAAGGGGACUCCGUCGGUUGGGUGGAAAUUCAAGUGAAGUCGCUAUAGGCGUAAGAAAUACAUUCUGUAAUUAUUUAAACACUACAGGCGCGGUACCAUGGCAGUUGGAGGUAGUAAGAAGAGGUAUACCCUACCAAAAUACAGAGUA